CUUCAGAGUUGUCCUUGAAUGUCUGUCUCAUGGUUUUCAUUACAAUUACAAUUUCCUUUCUCUAUCUUGAGCUGUUAGCCAAGACUCAGGUGGCACUAGACAGGGUGGUUGCUCAAGUUCAGUUCCCAUCUGUUCGACAACCGUCAUUCACACGAACACAUCUUACAUCGAUGUGAUUUCUGUCGGAACCGUUGGAGAUUGGAUGUUGUUUUUCCCACUAAUACUAGGUGUGUUAACUAUAUGCCCGUAUCUUCGUCUACUCUUACCAGUGCGGGACUGCUUGUAUUUUUGGCAGUAAAUCCUUAUCCAGAUCAAAGGCGCCACUGUGACUGGGAACGUUUGGCGAGUGUAAAUGUACACUUCCACUGGUUGAACAUUUGGACACUCAAUUUUAUACCAGAGGGCGGAAAGGAACUCCUGCCCGAAUCCAUAGCUGCGUUUCGAAAAAGCAUCUGUCCUGGUCGUCAUCUCUCAGUGAGCAACGCUUGGAUUGUCUUCGCGUCCACGUUAUUAGUUCUCACGUUCUCCAAGACCAAUGACUCUGACGGUAAAGUCAUCGAACUUAGUGAUAUCUUUACCAAUGCAGGAGAUUUUCGUCGUAUCUUGUCAUUCUGA